AUGAAGCACCUCGCUGCAUACCUUCUCCUUACUCUCGGUGGAAACUCGUCUCCAUCCGAGAGCGAUAUCAAGAAUGUUCUAGGAUCUAUUGGAAUUGAGGCUGACAGUGAACGUCUCACUAAGCUAAUCUCAGAAUUGAAGGACAAAGAUAUCAACGAAUUGAUCGCUGAAGGAAGUGCAAAGCUCGCAUCCGUGCCUUCAGGUGGUGCUGGUUCUGCUGUAGCUGCCACUGGAGCAGUUUCUGGUGACGCAGCUCCUGAGGCUAAGGAGGAAGAAAAAGAAGAAGAGAAAGAAGAGUCUGACGAAGACAUGGGUUUCGGGCUUUUUGAUUAA